AGUUCCAGUAUUUCCUCCUGGUAUGCCUUGCGGUCUUGGUCCUAUCACAAAGCAGUGCGAUCACAAACCAAAUAUUUGACAACAGGGAAAUGCUAUUGGCAUUUGUUGUGAACCGGCACGGCGAGCGAGCGCCUGACAGCGAUGAACUUUCACUUUCCAAUGAACAGGAGAGACUCAAGAACCUGACGUACAUCGAAGGUCCCGAAGGUCUGACUAACGCCGGUAAACGGAGAGGGUACCAAAUAGGAAAAUUCAUCAAGCAACGUUACGGCUGCCAAGGUUCCAAGUUACUAUCAAACAUUUACUUUCAAGAUGAGAUUGCUGUUAGGAGUACGGACAAAGAGAGAACUAAAAUGACAGCACAGAUGGCAAUGGCAGCUGUGUAUCCACCAAAAUUGGAACAACAAUGGGACGAGGGUCUUGGAAAAGUCUGGCAACCAGUUCCGUACACUGCUGUACCUUUGAGCGAGGACUAUUUGCGAUAUUACUCCAACUGUCAAAGGUUCAAGGAACUAAUGGAGAUAGCUAAGAAGACAUCGCUCUACCAAGAGUUUGCGCCCUUCAGCGAUCUAUUCCCUAAGUUAUUGAAGGAAACCGGUCGCAACUUCACCGAAAAUCCAUUGCUGUUUCAAGCUUUGUUCGAUUUAUUCAGAAGUCAGGUUGCGCUCGGAUUAGACGUACCUGAAUGGGCUAAUCCCAUCCUAGCGAGGCUCGGGGAAGCAUCUCGUCUGGCUUAUAGGUUGUACUUCAAGACUGAUGAAAUGAAAAAGAUUGGUGGAGGUGUUAUUCUGAACGAUUUCAUCACAGCUGCAAACGAUAUCGUGACCGGAAAGAAAAUCAAUAAACGAUUCCGAAUGUACUCUGCUCACGAUUUCAACAUCGGCUCUGUAAUGGAAGUCACCAGGAUAUCGCGAAGUGAACAGACUGUUCCAGAAUACGGCUCUUUAUUCGCUCUAGAGUUGUAUAGGUCGAAUAGUAAUGGAGAAUUUUCUGUUUUGCCGGUAUACUUGCCAAAGGCAGGUGAAUCCGUCGCCCACAACCUCCACUUCACUGGAUGCGAGAGUAACAGUUUCUGUAGCUAUCACAAGUUCCUUGAACUGACCAGGGAGUUUGCACUACCAGAGAAGGAGUUCUACAGAAUCUGCAACAUCAAGACUGAGUUAUAAUGCAUGAAGUUAACAUAGAAUUCCACUGCUGUGGCACAUCUCUUUCCUUACAAUACAAGUGGCACGAUGGCGGUCGAAUUCUACGGACGAAAAUUAGUUCAAUUAAUUAAUUUAAACACUUUUGUACACAAGUGUACGUUGAGUGAUAAAUGUAAUUGACA